AGACAGAUCGCCUCCCAUUACCACCCGCUGAUCGACGCGUACGCCUCGGGCGACACCCGUGUCAUCGACUGGCAGUUGGGACUCAUGAAGCUGUCGGGUGUGACCGGUAUUUUGGUCGACUGGCCGGGCACGUCAGGCCUACUCGACUACGGCGCCAAUAUGCGCAACGCCGAGGCUAUCAUCUCCCGUACCGCCGCCCAUGGAUUGGAGUUCGCGAUUGUCUACGAGGACCACAACCUCGAGUUGGCUAAGAUCCCCGACCACGUGGGUCAGGCCAAAAAGGACAUGCAGUACAUCAAUGACAGGUACUUCAGCCAAUCAAAUCACGCUAAACUGAACGGUCGACCCCUGCUCAUGGACUUCGGCCCCCAGACCCUGAACGGGGACGAGUGGAACCAAGCGUUCACCCCAUUCACCAAUAAACCGGAAUUCCUGAUCCUAUGGUACCAGACAAAGACAACUGCCGGUGCCUCGCACGGAGACUUUGCGUGGCCGUCCCAGGACUGGAUCAGUGGACUCCAGGGCUGGUAUGGUAAACAAACGGGAACCAAAGUAGGCUGUGCUUACUCGGGCUUCAACUCAUUCUACAAGGAGGGAGGUUGGGGUGACUUCCCCUGGAGUAUCCCGGUCAGUGUGUCCAACUUCCAACAGUCCCUGGACCUGGGACUGGCCCACACGGACACCCUACAGGUCGCCACGUGGAACGACUACGGGGAGGGCACUCAGAUUGAGCCCACACUCGAGUUUGAGUACCAGUUCCUGGAGGUGUUGCAAAAGAAAAUGGGUGUCAGCUCUACUGUGGCCGAUCUGAAAAAGGUGACGGAUACUUAUUUCCAUCGCGUGCAGUAUGCAGAUAAUGCCACCAUGAGUGCCCUGCUCGAGAAGCAACAUUUCGACCUGGUUCAUAAAUACGAUUAA